UGUACUUCUUUUUUCUUUUUUUUUCUUUUUUUUUUUCGUUAUUUUUCUCGGGGGUGCGGUGCUUUAUGUGGGAGACUGUGAAGAAACGAUGUUGAUGAUGAUUUUUAGGGUUUGAAGUGUGAAGCUGUCGGAGUGGCGUUUUCUAGCUUUGAUGUGAGUUGUUGCAGUUUGCGGAGUUUUGUCAGCAGGCUCAAUUUCGCUGCCGAGCCGGAUUGGCAGUGUCUCCGGUAUUUCGCGAAGCCAUUUUUGGGUAGUUUUCAUUUGGCUUCAGCUAUGUUGCCUGUUAGCGUCGGGAACUGAGCCCACGGGCUUCCGAGAGGGCGAAGGGGGUGGAAAUAACGGAGUGCGUGUUGACCAGGGUCGAUACUGUGUUUCGCGCAAGUUCGGUGUGAGGCUGUGGCUACAGGUCUUGCGAGUUCGACGUAAGCUUAGUUUUGUUGAUUUGAAGCAAGGAGCGUGCUGACCAAGGAUGGCGGAUUCUCAAUCCUCUCUUACUACUGCUUCUGGCUCAGUUUGGACACGUGAACAAGACAAAGAGUUCGAAAAUGCACUUAAUACCUAUGGCGAGGACACGCCGAAUCGAUGGGAGGAGAUUGCUUCACAGGUGACUGGGAAGGACGCAGCUGAAGUUAAGAGGCACUAUGAAAUAUUGCAAGAAGACAUUAAUUUAAUAGAUUCAGGACGGAUUGCUCUUCCUAGUUACAGAUUUUCGUCCCUCUCGCUAUCUGAAGAAGGUGCAGCAUCUGACAGUCCAGGUGUGAAAAAGGGUGCAUCAUUUUCAGCGCAAGUAUCAGGACCUAACGUGAACACAAAUGGCAAUGCAAAUGGAAAUGGAAAUGCUGCGUCGGGUGGGAAGGGCGUGUCAUCUAAAACUUCCGAUCAGGAGCGGAGAAAGGGCAUUCCUUGGUCAGAGGAGGAACACAGGCUCUUUUUGUUAGGGUUGGCCAAAUUUGGGAAGGGUGACUGGCGUAGUAUAUCUCGAAAUUUUGUUAUUUCAAGAACUCCCACACAGGUAGCAAGCCACGCUCAGAAAUACUUCAUUAGGUUAAACUCUAUCAACAAAGAUAAGCGAAGAUCCAGUAUCCAUGAUAUCACAAGUGUGAAUAAUGGAGAUGCCGCCCAACAAGGCCAAGGCCCAAUCACUGGGCAACCUGGACCUGGCUCUGCUGCAGGACAACCAAUUCAAGGGGGGAUGCAAUCAGGAAUAUACCCCAGGCAGCAAAUGAUUGGGCAACCACCGGCUGUUGGUGCUCCCGUCAUGCUUCCACCCCCAGGGCACGUCUCGUAUGGUUCCAGGGGACAUCUACCAAGGCCUGUGAUGCCUGGUCAACAGAUCGGCAUGGCACCCCACAUGUCUUAUCCAAUGUCACAGCCAGCAGUUUGUGGCCCAUGAAGCAGAGCACUGGAAGUUGCGGGUUGGUUUGCUGUAGGCAGUUAAGGAAGGCUGCCUUGUAAAAUAUAUUUUUUUCAAUUGCAAUAAAAUCUAGCCAGCAGUUCUUACAUCGAA